CUGGAAGUAGUCACUAUUUUAACCCUGUGUAGGUAUAAGAGCUGUUUGAAGAUGUCUCUUAUAGAAGUUCUUCUCCAGACAUCGAGUACGGUGACACUGCUGGGGGCUCUGCUGUUUCUGCUGGUCCUUUACCGCCUCUCCUCUGGUUCCAACUCUGAGGAACAGGGGAAGGCGCCUCCAGGACCCAGGCCUCUGCCCCUGCUUGGUAACAUGCUCCAGCUGGAUCUCAAGAGGCCCUACCGCACCCUCUGUAAGCUGUCCAAGAAAUAUGGGUCUGUUUUCACGGUUCACUUUGGACCCACAAAAGUGGUCAUCCUGGCAGGAUACAAGACGGUCAAGCAGGCGCUGGUCAACCAGGCAGAGGACUUUGGGGACAGGGGCAUGCUUCCUGUGUUCUAUGACUUCACCAAUGGACAUGGUAUUCUGUUUGGCAAUGGCGAAUCAUGGAAAGAGAUGAGGCGCUUUGCCUUGGCGAACCUUAGAGACUUUGGGAUGGGCAAGAAAGUGAUUGAAGAGAAAAUCUUAGAGGAAUCUCACUACCUGAUUGAAGUGUUUGAAAAUCACAAGGGUAAAGCAUUUGACACAACCCAGCCAUUGAAUUAUGCUGUCUCCAACAUAAUCUCCAACAUUGUGUACGGCAGCAGGUUUGAAUACUCUGACCCCAAGUUCAAAGCCACUGUAAAACGAGCCAAUGACAACCUCCGAAUAGGUGGCUUUGUUUCAAUACAGUUGUACAACAUGUUCCCCUGGCUGGGCCCUUGGCUGAAAAGCAGGAAGCUUUUGUUGAAGAAUAUUGAGAACAACAAGAAGGAGAUGGGGGAGCUGGUGAGGGGGCUGAAGGAGACUCUCAACCCUCAGAUGUGUAGAGGCUUUGUGGACUCGUUCCUUGUCCGAAAGCAGACCCUGGAGGAAUCUGGCAACAAGAACUCUCACUACCAUGACAACAACCUGAUAUCCUCUGUGGCCAACCUGUUUUCUGCUGGUACAGACACCACAGGGACAACCCUACGCUGGGCUUUGAUGCUAAUGGCCAAGUACCCCCGUAUACAGGACCGGGUCCAGGAGGAGAUCAGCAGGGUUAUAGGAAGUCGUCAGCCCUUAGCAGAGGACAGGAWGAACCUGCCCUACACUGAUGCAGUGAUCCAUGAGACCCAGCGACUGGCCARCRUUUUMCCCAUUGCCAUCCCUCACACCACCAGCCGGGAUGUCACCUUCCAGGGAUAUUUCAUCAAGAAGGGGACGCUUGUGUUUCCUCUACUGACGUCUGUCCUACAAGAUGGAAGCGAAUGGGAGAGCCCACACACCUUUAACCCCGCCCACUUUCUGGAUGAGGAAGGUCGAUUCGCCAAGAGGGAUGCCUUCAUGCCCUUCUCUGCAGGUAUUAGGGUGUGUCUGGGGGAGGGUCUGGCCAGGAUGGAGCUCUUCCUCUUCUUCACCUCCCUCCUGCAGCGCUUUCAUUUCUCUCCUCCUCCUGGAGUAACAGAGGAUGAUCUGGACCUCACACCGGCCGUGGGGUUCACCCUCAACCCUUCACCUCACCAGCUGUGUGCUGUGAGCCGGGUCUGAGAUGAGUCUGGGCCUAAUGUAUAUUAUACAUGAACAAAUGCUCCACUUUAGACAAACAUGCUGAAACAGCUUAUCUCACCGGCUGUGCUGUGAGCCAGGUCUGAGAUGAAACCAGUCCCUCAAUGGUUUUGAUUUAAUUAGAUUGCUCUACAUUCCGACAAUGUAAUUGAUUGAUACAAAGCACCGCUAUUAUGUAUGUACAGAAUGCUUGUUUUUGCUUGCUGUCCUGCCUUGUCUGGGACUGGACAGCUGUUGCCAAGCUUAGCAAAGUCAAUUAGUAUUCUAGCUAAUGUUAUCAGUAGUUGACACUAAGAUAUACAGUGGGGAGAACAAGUAUUUGACACACUGCCG